AUGGGCGCCCCGGUCAUCUUGUGCGGCAAGACUGAACAGAUUGGCAAAGGUGUCAUCGCCGGCCUCAAACCUCAGUACGACGUCAUCCAUUUCAUCAUGGCGGCCGAGGCUGGCGCAGCCGAGAUCCCGGCUAUUCUCAAGGGCGAGUCACCACCUUGCGACUCCGCCCUGGGACGUAAAGACUACUCCAAGCCUCCUGUUGCUGUCAUCUGCGGUGCGGGCUACGAUGAUGCUGCAAUCGACGUGAUGAUGAAGGCUUCAGCCGGCAUCAAGCCCAUCCUUGGCUUCGGCCCGACUUGGACAAGCCUGCGCCUCCGCUGGGGCCUGAAUAUGGCAAGGCUUUGGUCGCACCUAGACGAGGAAGGCAAGAUGGACGAGGAGAAGGUGCAGUGGUACUAG